GAGGCUGAGUGCCCAUGAUGUCAUUGAAUGUGCUGGUCGGUACUCUCUCCCUCCUCCCUCCCCCUUCCCUCUCUCCUCCUGCCUCUCUGCAUCUCUCCAUAUCUGUCGUCAUUGUGAGAAAGCCUGGGAGUGGCAGGAAGGAGGAGAGGCAGAGGAGAAAGAAGAAGAAGAAAAAGGAGGAGGAAGACGAAAACAAAGAGGUCAAACAGCUGUAUGCGAAUCAGGAUUUUCCUGAAUAUUACACAGCAUCUUUCCAUUUACGGCAGCAGUAUGGCUGAGGGCUCAGUGUCUGUAGCAGAGGUAGAGACCUCCUUCCAGAAGUUUGCAGUCCAUGGAGACACUAAGGCCAGAGGGAAGGAGAUGAACGGCAAGAACUUUGCUAAGCUUUGCAAGGACUGCAACAUUAUUGAUGGCAAGAACGUCACCACUACAGAUGUUGACAUAGUUUUCAGCAAAGUCAAGGCAAAGUCAGCUCGUGUCAUCACAUUUGAGCAGUUCAACCAGGCCCUGAUAGAGUUGGCUCCCAAACGUUUUAAAGGCAAAAGCAAAGAGGAAUCGCUUCAGCAGCUGUAUGGUCUCAUUGUUGGUAAGGAGCCUACCAACGUUGGAGUCACUAAAGUGGCAAAGGCAGCAGCAGUGGACCGACUGACUGAUACCACCAAGUACACUGGAGCGCACAAGGAGCGGUUUGACGAGUCAGGCAAAGGAAAAGGAAAAAUUGGGCGCGAGGAAAUCCCAGACAGCAGCGGCUAUGUGGGAGCUUACAAGGGCAGCGGCACUUAUGAUGAAAAAGUGAAAGAAACAUAAACGUAAUUCUGCUGAUUAUGAAACAUUUGAUUCAAUAACUUGAAUUAGGGGUGUUAAAAAAAUCAACAUAAAUUCAUUGGCUACUGUAUACAGUAUGUUUUGUGGGCCUAGCAUUAAUAACACUUGUUGGAUCCAUGAAAAAUCAAUGAAAAAAAAGGAUGAUUAAUUUAAAGAAACUAUUUCCUUAAAAUAAUCAAAAGAUAAUGACAAUACUUAGCUGCAGUUAGUUACAGAAGUACAGAAAUGUUUAAUGGGUCGUAGCAUGAACAACUGCUAUUGUUCUGUAUGUUUUUUUUAACAAUUUUACAGUGGCCAAAAGAUUAAACUGUACUUGAAACCAAGCAUGCUUUAUAGAAACUAACUCUGCUUUGUACUAUAGCUUAACACUGUGCCUUAGUUUAAUGUAGCAAGUAACGUGAAUGCUCUCAUAUACAGUAAUGUGUUGCUUUUGUCACGUACCUUGAUGUAAUGGAUGAUACUUUAGCUGGUUUCUAAGAAAGGUCACUGCGUCAGUUGUCAUCCCUUCACUUGCUAAGCGUAUCACUUUAUGGUUCAGUGCCUUUUGCUACAUGACCAAUCAGUGGCCAUUACAUGGCAUUUAUUCAUAUCAUUAAAUCAAAAAUAUAUUAACAAGAGAAAAAUAUAACAUGCAGUGGAGAACAGAAUAAUACUGUACUAAAGAAGUUAUAGUACAGAAUACAUCCUCUUUAUAACUCAUUUUUACUUACUGACAACAUCAUGCUGUUAUUUUUAAUAUAUACAUACAUAAUGUAUAUUCUUUUGCUACUUUAUUUAGUUUAAAGGUUAAAUCAAUUCAGAAUGUCACUUUUUUCUCAGAAUGAAGGACUGAAACAUGCAUUUUAAUAAAAGAAGUGAAUGUAAAAACCUAAAUCAAUAUCCAAAAAUGCACCAACAUAACAGUUUUACAUGGAUAAAUAUGAUAAUAUUAUACUUGCAGCAUUUUGCAUGCUGCAGUGUAGCAUCAUAAAGGAAGAAAAUGAAGAUGCUUUUGUUCAUAAUUUGACCAUGCAGUAGUUGGGGAAAUAUUGUAAGAGUUUUCAUUAUAAUCCUCUCAAAACCCAAUUUUAGACCCUGAUGUCAGCUUUAACAGACAGUGCUGUGUGGUAUCUAAGCAAUUGUAAAAUGUAAUCAGUGUGUUAUGUUAUUGUACACACUUGUCUGUUGCAGCCAUGCUACUUAUAAGACAUUAGAAGUGAAAUCUUAUUUUAAACUCACCAAACUCUUUGUGGAGCUCAAAGGUUACAUGAAAACAUAAACAAAAAAGGAGUGAAUUUACCGUAUCAGAAAAUAAAACAUUUCUCAAGCAUGUUUUGUCAUUAAGUAACUGUUAAAAUCAAUGAAAAAUUAACUCUCACCUAAGACCUGCUGAUUUCCAGAAAUAGCUGGGAUACAAUUUCAGAACAUAAAGGGCCCUUGUAGAACUAUAAACACUUAGCAUACACUUAUCCUUCUACCUGAACCCUCCUCGUAAUGUGACACUGAUGGCAUUUAUAGAGGAUUCAUAAGAACCAUUUUUAACAAUGUGCAUUAUGUUGUGCACAUGUUAAAAGAUAUCUCCUCCAUAUCUCACACUAUAUAGGCCUGAGCUGAUAUGCAUCACAUGGGUUUUGUGUGGAUAGUGCCACUGAAUUCCAUAAUAGCCUGCAUAUAUUCUCUGCAUUACUGGAUUCAUGAUUCACUAUGAUCACUGAUCACUAUAAUCACUCCCAAAACACAAUGAAGUAAUCCAAUAAAUGAAUGCCAUAUAGAA